UGUUUCUGCGCCAGGAAUCGAGCGAAAGUCGUCGGGAGGCUCGGUAGCUGCCUCAGACCCAGAAAGCGCUCUCGACCAGGGACAGCCCCGAGCGCCGCCGCGCCGCGGCCAGCCGGGCAGGAGGACCCGGAAGGAAGGAGCCCGAGUGGGGCGGGGCGGAGAAGCAGAGAGGCGAGGAGGAGAAGAGCGGAGCGGCCUCCGGGCUCCUGUGUCGGUGCCGGGUGGUGUUGGGGACGGAGCGGCCCGGAUCUCAGGCUCUUCGCUGUGGAAGCCGCAAGAUUUGGAUAUGUCCUUUAUAUUUGAUUGGAUUUAUAGUGGUUUCAGUAGUGUACUUCAGUUCUUAGGACUGUACAAGAAAACUGGCAAAUUAGUAUUUCUUGGAUUGGAUAAUGCUGGAAAAACUACCCUUUUGCACAUGCUUAAAGACGACAGACUUGGGCAGCAUGUCCCAACAUUGCAUCCAACUUCAGAAGAGCUGACAAUUGCUGGUAUGACUUUCACUACUUUUGAUCUAGGUGGACAUGCCCAAGCUCGCAGAGUCUGGAAAAACUACUUGCCUGCCAUCAAUGGUAUUGUCUUUCUGGUGGACUGUGCAGAUCAUGAAAGAUUGGCUGAAUCUAAGCAAGAACUUGAUGCACUAAUGACAGAUGAAACUAUUGCUAAUGUGCCUAUCCUUAUUCUUGGAAACAAGAUUGACCGACCAGAAGCCAUCAGUGAAGAGAGGUUACGAGAGAUGUUUGGUUUGUAUGGCCAGACAACAGGAAAGGGCAGUGUCCCUCUGAAGGAAUUGAACACCAGGCCCUUAGAAGUCUUCAUGUGCAGCGUGCUAAAAAGACAAGGCUACGGUGAAGGAUUUCGUUGGAUGGCCCAGUACAUUGAUUAAUGCCAACAUCACACUGGUGCAUAGUAUCUCAAACCUGUUCAUUAUUUGAUUGCUCAGUGUACAUAACUUGAACUCAAUAGACUUUGGUUACAAAAGCAUAUUUUUUUUAUUAUUGUAUCAAUUGUGUUAAAUUUAAAGUUAGGACUGAAAACAGAUUUUAAGCAGGUUUGUCAAUUGGGAUUUUGUAAUGUUAGUCUCCAAAUUUAUCGAACAAUUCUUGUUUGGGAUUUGUAGCUUGUCUGUUGUCCUCAGUCCCUCUUCUUAUCCCCUUCUUUUGACAGAGUGACUUUCCAGUACAGUCUGUUUUUGAAUGCACUUUUUAACAGCUCAGCCCUUGGUCAUAUUUAAUGCUCAUCAUGUUAAAUUUUUAUGUACUUUUUUCAGAACUGGUUUUAUAAAUGUAGAGUGUAUAACCACCUCUCAAACAAUAGUAAUGAAUCAGCUUCUGGAUUACUGCAUGAUGCCUUACAGUUUUCAAUAAUAUACUUUCUUAUGCAAUGUCAUGCAAUAAAACUAAAUCCCGUUUCUUGGCAUCUUUAAUGGGAAAUGCUUCAUUUUAAUGUGUCUUAACCUAGUACAGAUGUCUCAAGAUGUGAAUAUGUGAGGUAGUUUUCUGAAAUGCAGUAUAAUUUCAGUGUACUGUAGGCUUUUUAUUAUUUAUCUGAUUACCUUUAUGCCAGAUCAAAUUAAUGUCAUCUACAUUUUCUGAAUAUUAAUGUUCGCUCACAGUUGUUCACCUUGUACAGUAAGAGGUACCAUGGUUUUUCUGUCUACCAUAAACCUUAGCAUGAAUAAAUGCCUGAACACUGUUGUACCAAUCCUGAGAACUAUAGAAAUAGCAGAAAGCAGUGCAGGCCGUGCUGCAGAGGUAAACAGUGCCCAGGGCACGAACUGAUGUCCAGGGCAGGCUGCCAUGGGGCAGCGCAUGCAGUUGGAGAUCAUGCUGGAUGUGUUCUGUUCUGUCCUGUUGCAGAAAGCUUUUAUAUACUUAUUGGUGUCAACCAAUAAGCAGAAGCCUGGUUCUGCAUAUGGAUUAUGUUCACAGAAUUGAAUCACAGUGUUGUUGGUUAACUGUCACAUCCACUGUUAGUGCAUCACUCCCCUCAAUUGUUACUUGAAAAGUCCAGUCCUUAAUUGCCUUUUUAAGCUAUGGCAUGAUUGAGCAGUUAGCUUUAUGAACAUAGCUGUAUGUUAAUGAAGCAAUAGCAGUGGUGUAAAGAGGGAAGUGAUCCAAUGUCUUCAUUUAGUAGCAUUGUGCUAUAAUACAUUUUGGUUUUCAUAAUAUGGGCCACUGUACCUCUUUACUGUAGAUAGUGAAUAAAUUCAUUAACUUCAAUCAGUUUUGCCAGGAAUGUCAAUGUGCUAAUUGUGAAAGCAACCCAUGGCUGCAGUUUCCUUAACAUUGAAAACCAUGCUUUAAGCUGGCACAGCGAUUUUGCUACUGGUUUGGGGGGAUGAGGUUUUUUUUUUUUAAGUUUGGCAGAAAUAAGGAUUUUCUCAUGAGUAAUGUGACAUGAAAGCAGUGGUGGCAAGCUUCAGUAUAUGAACUUCCUCACUUCUACAAGGCUGACAGUUUAAAUAUUUCAUGUGCAUGAUUGGUGAACAAAGAUGAGGUCUGGUAUAGACUCUUGUUGCUAGAGAACUCUCAUGCAAUACUUUAGAAGCAGUGAUUCUAUCCUAUUUAUGUACAUGCUGUUUCAGAAGAAGAGUAAAUGAGUAUUGGCAUAUUUGUGUAGCGACUGCAGAUCUGGUAUCAGCUUUAGAAAGGUUGUACCUUGGUAUGUUCAAGUACCAACAUUAAAGUGAUUUAACUGUGGCUUCCAUACAGAAACUUGAGAAUUUUUAGUUGAGGAUAUGGACAGUUUCUGUUUCCCCUGUCUCAUCCUAGGACUCCUUGGAAGAGAUGCCAUUAAAACAAAUUGUUAUCCAGUGCAGUCCUUAAGAGAGUUGGACACUUUUAAGUGCAUUGAAGUCAAUGGGCUUAGAACUAUGUAACACUCUUUAGGAUUGUCUUCUGCACAUUGUAUCUCUUCUGUUCUGUUUUUCCCCCCAAAUGAAUUCUCCAAUUUGCUUUAUAUGGAAGAGAGAGUUGCAGUUAAUUUACUGUUUGGAAACAACUUUCCAGUGGAGAGAUGCCUCCAAGACUGAGGACUGAUGGUGUUCUUAGUACUGUUUUUCGUACUGUUGACAAAUAUUAAGCUUUUUUUUCCUUACCUUGUUCUCUGUAACAGGCUUGUAGAAGAGAAUCCCUCAUUUCCAUUUCAGAUGUUCAUGCAUCCCUCAAGAGCAUCUUUGUGUUUCAGUGUCAUACAUAACAAGGCUAAUGGAGAUCUUUUUUAAAAAGCCGAUUUUAUUUCUGAAUUUCUUCAUAUGAAGUUCUUUAAGGUUGCUUCCACACAGGGACAGUUCUCCAUUCUGCUCUCAUUGCUGCUAUGAAGGGAGAGGCCAAUGCAGCGGCAAUGGAGCUUCUUCAUGGGGGUGUUCUCCAUGCUUUCCUUUCAUGCUUGUCCAUCCACCUCUGGUGGGUUUUCACUUUGGGGGUGGUACAUAUAUUGCUAUAGUGUUAGGAAAUGGCCAGGGGGAAAUGGAAGAGGUGGUGCAGGAUAUGGGCAAGGAAGUUUCCGGUCCAUACUCUCUACAGAUCUGUUCUAUGAUCUUUCAGGAAAGGUUGUAUCAAAUCAAGUUUUGGGGGAAAUGUAGCAAAGUGAGGGAAGGUGGGUGACUGCAUGAUGUUAUUGUAUAAAGCUCCCCACCCCCAUGCUGCUAUUUGGGGGUGUGGGGAAGCAAUCUAAGUCAACACUGUAGGCGGAUGCAAGGUUCCUUUACAGAUAUGUUUUGGGAAGGGACAAGAAAAUGAACGUUCAUGACCAGAAGUGCUUGACUCUCCUUUGGACAACAGUUAACUGUGGCAAAUUUUCAACUUCUACUUUGUUGUCCUCUCUAGGUAGGAUCCAAGGCCCUGUUUUCAUCCAGUAUCAUAGUGGCAGCUCUCCAAUCAUUAUUGUAAAUAUUUUAUUUUACAUCCUGCUAGGCAAGAUAUCCUAAAAAUUGUGUGUCCUGUCCUAUGGGUUGUGCAGCUGAGGGUAGAGACUUCCUGUUGUACACUUACAGCCAGGGGCUGCAUGUACAGUACUUGUAUUUGCUGCUGUAUUAAUUUGCAUGGCACAAAAUUAAUUAAUUUAUUACAUUAAUUUUAAUAAAUUAAGUUAAUUUAUUAAUUUGUAUGGCACAAAUAAGGAAGCACAACAAUAUCAAGCACAAACAAGGAAGCACAACAAUUCCUAACCCAACAAUUUCUUGGGGUUUUUUUUAAACAGAUGCACAGCAACAAGAAGUUUGGAUCGGACAGAUAUGAUAUGUUCCAGCUAGGCUGCCCUGCAAAAGAACAUCCUACCAGAUUAGAUAUUGGCUGUAAGGGCAGGGAGCCAUUAAAAUGGAAAUACUAAUUGUUUAAGCAUAUUCCACAUCCUAGGAAUCUACUUCAGUGGGUGAUUUGCACAAGAUACAGUUCACCAUACAUAUAGAAACUGUGUGCAUCCUGUGGGUGAAGAAGAGAUUGCCUGUGUGUUAUGAAGAGAUCUCUCCCCCCCCCCUUUCGUUUUUAAUUGGCUCCCUUCAGCAUAGGACAGUUGAGUUGAUUCGCAAGUUUGAUAUUUAAUUCCAGGAAGUAAAUCCUGAUCUGUUAAAUUGUGUAGAUUUGGGCUAGUGUUUCUAACUUGUUUGCCUUCUCUGAAGAGUGGCUUUGCUAAAUCAUUUCCAGUCAAAAGAACAGUAACUUAACUUUAAGGCUGUGUAUGUCUGCUGAAGAAAUAAAAUCUACUAAUAAAAAGUUUGUCUCUCAA